AUGGAUCCUCGUCAUCCUUCUUACCUAAACCUCCUCCUCCUCUUUCUCCACGUUAUCGUCUUCUUCCCAUCCCUCACCAGCUGCACCUGCUCCAACAAGUGCGGCUCCAUCGAUGUCCUUUACCCCUUCGGCACCGGCUACGGCUGCGGCUCCCCCCACUUCUACCCCUCCGUCACCUGCACCCCAGGCGGCAACGACGACGAUAACAGCGCCGGUGACAGCGACCACGACGACAAGGAGCAGCUCGUUCUGGCCACCCACACCGGCAGGUACCCCAUCACCUCCAUCUCCUACUCCGCCUCCACCCUCACCAUCGCCCCUCCCCUCAUGUCCACCUGCUCCUCCAUGCACCCCUCCGCCCCCAACAUUGGCCUCGACUGGUCCGCUCCCUUCCAGCUCGACUCCUCCGUCUUCGUCCUCCUCGCCUGCCCCGCCCCCACCUCCUCCCUGGCCAGCCACGGCAACCUCAUCUGCGACGCCGCUUCCGGCCCCCGCCUCUGCGGCGCGCUCCUCGAGUGCCCCGCCGUGGCCUCCCUCGGCCUGCCGCUCUUCGCGCCCACCAACACCUGCUGCGUCUACUCCCCGGCCAGUCUAGGCCCCAAGGGCGACCUCGACCUCCAGGGCCUCGGGUGCGCCGCCUACGCGUCGGUGGCGUCGCUGGGGCCGACGCCCAUGGACCCGAGUACCUGGGACUACGGCGUCGCUCUCAAGUACGGGGAGGCGGAGAUCGAGGUGGACGGGUUGGCGGAGGCGUGCGCGGCGUGCGAGCGGAGCGACGGGGUGUGCGGCUACGAACCGCCGAAGAACUACUUCGUCUGCGUCUGCAAGAGCGGGGUAAACAGCAGCACCGACUGCUACGGUCAGAACGAGGACCUGAAGGACUUCUGGCGAUCCACAGGGAAUGCUUCGAUCACUGGCCAUGGUAACUUUCUUGCACGCAGAGAACAGUUGCAACAAUGA